AUGUCGACACGAGACACGUCGUCGCUGCUUCAACCUAUGCUUAGUAGUGAACCAUCUGAUCCUUUGGUGCAUGCCUCUAAGUCGAAAGAUGUCUCACACUGUGAUGAACGAAAUAUCACAGUGUCAGAUGAGGAAGCCCGAAUUGACACACUUGCCACAGGAACCUUCAGUGAUGAAAUUGAGACCGACAUAGGUCAUUUUGGACCGAGUUCCAAUCACGACUACUUUCGAAAUUUAUCCGGGAUCUUCGCACAUCUGGCGCGUGAUGGAUUCACGACACAGUCGAGUGCUCUCAAUACGUGGUCAGUUCCUCGAAACUUGAUAGCGGGCGUCCCAGAAAGGCGUUCUCAUAUCUCGGGUAUCUUCGACUGUAUGGCACUUCCAGAUGACCAGACAGCUUUGGCACUUCUCAAGCAGUUUUUCACCACAAUUGCAUUGACAAUGCCAUUUUUCAACAGACCGGCGCUUGUACGCGGGUACACUAAGCUGAAAGAGCGGCGGUUUCAAGACUUUGAUAGAGUCCAGAGAGCUUUGUUCAAUAUGAUCUGGGCGCAUGGUUCCUGCUCGCUCGGCGCGGUAGACUCCGAGGUUUACUAUCGCCGAGCUAUAAGCCUAUUGGACAGUCUCACGAUUCGUAGGACAAGUCAAGAGAUGGUGCAAACCUGUCUCCUUGUCACGUCUUAUCAACAGAACAAUCAAAGAUCUGUGACCAGUUGGACUUUCCACGCUCUCAGCGUGAAAGCUGCAUUCCAGCUUGGUCUUCACUCUCAAAGCUCAUAUCAAAGUCUCAACGCCGAGAGUCAGCAACUGAGGAAGCGACUCUGGUUCGGAGUUUUGAAUCAAGACAGGUUGCUCUCUGCUGCACUGGGCCGGCCAUGCCUUAUUCCGAAACAGCAUGCAAGAAUUGAACCAGAUGACCCGCGACCGACUACAAUAUAUCUCGAUGCUGUGAGUCCCGAUCGCAUCGAAUCUUGGACUUACUUCCGACACGUCAUAUCGAUCAUCUCCAUCAUCUCGAGAGCAGUCGAGGUCUUAUAUGACCACAACAUUGACUCAGCGAAAUCAAGCAUUGACAACCUUCUUGUUCGGAGACUGGAACUGCAGCUCGAGCUAGAGAGAUGGCGCAUAUCUACUGCAGGGUCCUGGAAAUUACUUACUGGUGCAGAGCUACAUGGGAAACCCAAGAGUACAUACGAAUCAUUGAGAUUCGAGAUAUUGCUCUCCAUACAUUACUAUCGAACUUUAAUGUUGAUCAAUCGUCCGCUGAUUACGUCAAUCCUCAAGUCUUGGAUUACGGAGUUGAGCUUAGUCCCAGAAACAACGACAGCUGUUGUCCUCCCAAUCGUACAGAACGACUUUACCGCAGCAAAAGAACUUGUCGGCAUUGUCCAGGCCAUCGAGAGCUCUGGAACUAGCUUUUUGCAUCGUUACGGGGCUUGGUUUCUUGCAAACUAUUCAGUUUUCACUGCCAGUAUCCAUCUCUUUGGUAUCAUGCUGGCUUGUGCACGACAUCCAGAUCGCCUGUCCAUUUCCAACAUUCAUCUCGUUGACGUUCGAGGUUUCCUUAAUGACGGUCUUCUAACAUUACAGGCUAUUGGAAAAGCCAGCCUCAUGAGUCAAAGGGGUAGCAAUUGCUUUUUCAACUUUCUCGACCUCUUCGAUUCGCUAGUCAGGUCCAAAUCCCCUGAUAUGGACGAGCAGGACAUCUCGCCGUGUGGCCCUACCCGUGGCAAUGCUGAGUCGGCUCUAGAAUUUGCAAUGGGCUCCAUGUCAAGUUACAUCGUUCAGGCGGCGGAUGACUUCCUCUUCCAAAGUAGUGAGAAUGACUUUCUAUGGGAUAACUAUGGCUAUGUGUCAUGA